AAAAAAUCUCACUUAAUUCUGAUCUAUUUUAUCCAAUCCACCGCUCCAUUCUCCGAUCAAGAAACAAAAAAAAAAAAAAAAGAAAAUGGCAGCGAUCACCGGUUCUUCUAUGGCGGCUACGAAAGCAGUGACUGACUCACCGAAAAUCGAAUCGCCGGUCCACCGAUCCUCCCGGCUUAGCUACCCAUGGAAGCGGUGGACCUCCGGUCGGAUGAGCGCAGUUGGACCGGUGGCAGCCGCACCAGACCGGAUAUCGGAGAAGGUGGUGGAGAGCAUAAAGAACGCGGAGGUGACGUGCUCGGAAGAUCCGGCGAGCGGCGAGUGUGCGGCGGCGUGGGAUGAAGUGGAGGAGCUAAGCGCCGCCGCCAGCCACGCACGUGACCGGCUCAAGGACGCGGACCCGCUUGAGGAUUUUUGUAAGGAUAAUCCCGAGACGGAGGAGUGUCGCACGUAUGAGGACUGAGUAAUUUCGAUUUCAUUUGCAACUUUUUCUUUUUUCUUUUUUGGGUUUAUUUCCUUUUGGUUAAGGUAGAAAGGUUAUUUGGGUGCGUUUUGUUUUUCCUUUCAAGUUAGGAAGGUUGGGUGUGUUUGUAUGUGAAAUAAAAAUUACUAUAAAAUAUUUUAGUUUCCAUUAUUAUUA